AUCCUCUUAUCUCACUCACCGGUGGACCCGAUCUGAAAGGUAAUAGCUAUAGCUUCAGCUUGAUUCCCUUUUCCGUGUUCUUAGUUUCUCGCCCGGUCUAGUUCUGUUAUUUUUAUCACUCGUUUUUAGUAGUACUAAUGCACAUAUCGAAGGCUUGCAAGAGCAUCCUGUCGUUGAACUGUGAGCUCAAAGCUUGUGCAAUAUCAAUCAAACUAUCUGUCAAUCUCAAAUCCCCACGACUAGAUUCCGUCUUUCUGCUCGAGGGUUGUUUGUUACUCAUGGAUUGAGGAACAGAUUUGUUUAACUUGAUUGCUUAAUAGAUGUGUAGAUGUUAGUAUGCGAGUCCUGGUUUCGGUCUUGGAUAAAAGCCAAUUUGCAGAGCAAGGGCGUCGAUAAUGGCGUCACUUGCAUUGAAGGUUGGCCAUAAAAACAAGCGAUUCUCCGUGCCUAUCAAAAAAUUUCCCAUUUUGACUACGGCCUCGAACAAAUUGCGACAUUACCUUAAAUGGCUUAAUAAAUAGUUAAGGGUGUUAGAUUAGAUCGCCAAUUUGCAGAGCAAGAGCGUCGACAAUGGCGCAACUUGCAUUGAAGGUUCGCAAGAAUGAGUUUAGCGAUUCUCCGUGCCUGUCAAAUCUCUCUAUUUUGAAUACGGCCUCGAACAAAUCGCAACAUCCUCCUUGGUAGUCUAAAGUUCUGCGUUUUUUCCUCACUUUACCUGUUGUCUGCUUUUUUGUUGUAUGAAUUGUGUGUAAUUGAUUCGAUUCCUUUGAUUUUCAGGACUUGAGUAAAUUGGGUUCAACAAGAUGUCGAAGAACCCGAAGGUCUUCUUUGACAUAGUGAUAGGUAAGAUGAAAGCAGGCAGGGUAGUGAUGGAGCUAUUUGCUGAUACAGUCCCCAAAACAGCAGAGAAUUUCCGAGCACUUUGUACUGGGGAGAAUGGCAUUGGGAAAGCUGGGAAGCCACUCCAUUACAAGGGCUCUUCUUUCCACCGUAUAAUCCCCAAAUUCAUGUGUCAGGGUGGAGACUUCACCAGAGGAAAUGGGACUGGUGGGGAGUCCAUCUAUGGGGAGAAGUUUUCAGAUGAGAAUUUCAAGCUGAAGCACACUGGACCUGGCAUCCUGUCCAUGGCGAAUGCAGGGUCGAACACCAACGGCUCCCAGUUCUUCAUUUGCACCGAUAAAACCUCGUGGCUCGAUGGUAAGCACGUGGUGUUUGGCCAAGUCGUGGAUGGCUAUAGUGUUGUGCAGGAGAUGGAGAAGGUUGGGUCCUAUAGUGGCACCACUUCCAAAAUUGUUGUUAUUGAGGAUUGUGGUGAGGUUGCUGGGUGUGAGUGAGGCUAUUCAGAGUGUUGUUGAGCAGCACAAGGGCUCAGAUGUUGACAGUUGUGCUUAUUUUGGUUGCAUCAUUGUUUUUCUUUAUGUGAUCUCUGGAUCAAAACAUGAAUGGUGUAAGCAUCUUACUGUAAAUUCUUUACUUGUGAUACUCUUUUGAAACUUCAUUUAUACGUUCCCGUAACUCUUGUGCACGUUGACUAUUAUGAGUAGCUAUAUGGUUUGAUCCCUAUUUUACUGCUUUUCGCCUCGAGGUUGACCUUAGCAACCUUUGCUUGCUUACUCCCCGAGUCAAAACUUAAUGUAAAACGCAAGCAAACUAGAUCUGGGUUCUUCCCACUCAUGUACAAGUAUGAUGUAUGCUGCUUUUCUCAUAAUACUUGAGCCUACGUGUACGAUACAGAUUGAGUAAUUUAAAAGCAACAGUAGUGCUACCUUCUUCCCCUAAUCCUCCUGAUUUCAUUCCAAAGCGGCGAACUGUAUCUGUAUCUCAAUAAGCUAGCUGUGUCAAU